AUGCGACGCAUCAAGGCUUCAUGGCUGUCAGCCCUAUUGCUGAUGAGUACAGUGGCUGUCAACGCAACCCUCGACCUUCAUAACAUCAAUACCAAUACAAGGGUCCGAGGAAAGAGAAUCGAAAACCUGAUAUCUGGUGUCGACCGUAAUCCUGAGGAUACCACGAAGGCCAGCGGAUUUGAUUCUGAGAACAUUGCCGCUCGACGAGCCCCAGAUGCUGGACUGGAUGUCCACCCGUUGGCCGACAGUGUUGCAGAUAGUGAAGAUGAUGGAAGCAAAGCCAAAGGGCAGAGCAAAGGACACGAUGGCACGGCUGGAGUGGACGGACAGAGUCAAGGCGUCUACCGUAACCAAAGUACACCAGCAGAGCAAGGCCAGGGCGAUGCCAAAACUAGCAGUGGCGAUGCUCUGAUACUCGAGGAAAAUGCUCAUAUGCUACCCACAGCGGUCGUCGAAUUGCCUGGAAAGCAACAUGAACCCGAAGAAGCAUCGAUACCGGAGACUACCCUGCCAGAAGUAUUACGCUCGACACGAGAGAAACCCACGCCACCCAUAGCACCAGAACCGCAUCCUGACAUAGCGGCCGAGAAGCAGAAUAGCACAGCUGCGAUCGAAAACUCGAAACCAACAGCAAAAGCCGAGUCAACUGCACCUUCUGUUGAAGGACUCGACGCUACAGCUUCUUCCCCAGAGCCAGCCAAGGCCGUGGAAGCGACGCCAAUAAUUCCUGCUUCUGAGUCAAUUUCUGCGGCGAUGAACCAUACCUCCGUAGCGGCGGUCACUGUGGAAGCUGGAAAAGGACCUUAUCCAGAAGCAAAGGGAGGCGGAAUUGCAUCCUCGACAAAUGCUACAGACUCAUCGAGUGCCGCAGUGGCAGCAGAACAUACCUCGUCAAGUACUACUACUAUGGCGGCAGCAAUAAUCGUAGAAGCCGGACCAGCACUCAACGUGAGUUUCGCACUCGACCUGUCACCGACAAGCAUGAACGGAACUGCACUACCAGCAGCACCAACCAGCACGACAACAUCCACGACGACGUAUACAACAGCCGUCACCGUCGUAGCAGGCGUAGACCCAGCUCCCUCCCACGCACCCAUGGCACCUGCCUUCACGUUCCCCAGCGCCCCAGACAGCACAAACACAAGCACUACAUCGCACGCCGCCCUCAACACCACAUCGACAAGAUCCACAGCUGCAGUUGCAACACCCGUCCCCAGCCCCGCGGCCGGUCUACCAGCAGCUAUUGUUGGCAACGUCUCCGCUGCCGAACAAGCCGCCGCCAAUGGAGGAUGCCAUUGUGCAUGUGCAUGUCCAGCCGGUUCAUUUCCCAUGGCUGCACCACCGCCUCCUCCAGCCUUCCAACUAGGUCCGAUGAUGAGCAUGAGCACGAUGCAGACAGUUGUGACACCAAAUCCUGAGACGUCCUCUGCACCGAAUAAUACUGCGUCGUCGGCCCCCGCGACGCCGACUGCUCUGCCACCCACCGUCGUCACAACAUCCACAUCUGCAUCCAUUGAAAUCCCUUUUAUCCCUCCCCCGCCAGCCACAAACGCUCCCUUCUCUUUCUCGCCCCCAUCUUCGAACCCUGGAGCUGCAUCUCCAUCACCGCCACCGCCACCCGCACUUUUGUCCUCAUCCACGCCCUCCCCAACACCCACGAACGUCCCUCUCCAAAGUCAGGCCGCAGCCGACGCUCCCCCUGCUCCCCCACAGGACCCUGAGUCCCCGACAACGACGCCAGCCGGGCAACAGCUGGGCAACAAUGGGCUUCCGUUUGAUAUCAAUACUAUUGCGCUGGUGAGCCGGGUGACUGUGAAUUUAGGGCGGAGGGCGGCCGAGGCAACUGCUGGGUUGUGA